AUGGCGGUGACGAUGCUGCAGGACUGGUGCAGGUGGAUGGGCGUCAGCGCUCGCAAGGGACUGCUCAUCCUGGGCAUCCCAGAGGACUGUGAUGAAGCCGAACUCCAAGAGUCUCUGGAGGCUGCCCUGUGGCCCAUGGGCCACUUUACUGUGCUGGGCAAAGUGUUUCGAGAGGAGGAUAAUGCCACUGCGGCCCUGGUCGAGCUGGACCAGGUGACCUGGGAAGUCAGCUAUGCUUUGGUCCCCAGGGAAAUCUCAGGCACCGGGGGUCCCUGGAACAUGGUCUUUGUGCCCCAUUGCUCAGGUGAGGAGUUUCUCGGUCAUGUGUUCCACUUCCUGGAGCAACAGGGGCAGACGGUGGAGAGCGUGGACGGCGCCCUGGGGCUGGGGCUGCGCAGGGUGUGCUGGCUCUGAUUGGUCAUUCAGGCGGUCCGGCCUUGGGUGGAGACCAUGGGAUACCAGCGCCUGGGCGUGUUUUCCGGGAGGGACCAGGCGGCCCCCGGGGAAGAGUCCUUUGAGGCCUGGCUCGACCACACGGCUGACAUGCUGCAUGUGUGGCAGGGGGUCUCUGAAAGGGAGAGGAGGAGGAGGCUGAUGGAAGGCCUUCGAGGGACUGCCCUGCAGCUCGUGCAGGGCCUCCUGGCGGAGAAUCCUGCCAGGACAGCACAGGACUGCCUGGCGGCCCUGAUCCAGGUGUUUGUAGACAGCGAGUCCCAGGCGACCAUCCAGGUGAAGUGUCUGACCGCUCAGCAGCGGUCAGGCGAGCGUCUCUCUGCUUUCGUGUUGAGGCUGGAAGUCCUGCUGCAGAAAGCCAUCGAGAAAGGGGGCCUGGCCGGAGCCUCAGCCGACCACGUGCGCCUGAGGCAGGUGCUCACCAGGGCCAACCUUAUUGAGCUGCUGGAUGAAGCGCUGAGGAAGCUGAGAAUGGUUGGGAGGUCUCCAAGUUUCCUGGAGAUGCUGGGGCUCGUUCGGGACUCUGAGGCAUCAGAGGCCAGUCUAGCCAGGAGCAAGAGAGCCCAGGCAGAGGAAGGGGCUGGUGCCCGGGCCAAUGCCCAGGCUGAUGCUGGAGCCAAUGCUAAGGCAGAGGAUGACAAGAUGGGCAGUGCUUCCGGGGCGGGCCCAGGAGGUCCUGGCAGUGAGCCAGAGGGCCGCACCCAGGCAGGAGAACAGGAGGCCAAGAAGCCCCCCGAGGAGGGGCUCAAGCCCAUCCAGGAGGAGUUGGGAAGCAAGGACGGGGCUGGGGAGAUGAGCCCCUCCAAGUCCUCCUUGGGCUGA